AGGGUGGGGGGUAUUUAUAGCUGCGACUCCAUCGCACUUUGAAACUAGAGAGAGUGAGCCGCUUCGAAACCCUAAGCAGCAGAAGAAGGAUCAGCCGCCGGCGGGAGAUCAAGCUUAGACAAUGGCGCGAGGAUUGAAGAAGCAUUUGAAGAGGCUCAAUGCCCCCAAGCAUUGGAUGCUUGACAAAUUGGGUGGUGCUUUUGCCCCCAAGCCCUCAUCCGGACCUCACAAGUCCAGGGAGUGUCUUCCAUUGAUUAUUAUCUUGCGAAACCGGUUGAAGUAUGCUUUGACUUACCGUGAAGUCAUUGCCAUCUUGAUGCAACGUCAUGUAAUGGUUGAUGGGAAAGUUAGGACUGACAAGACUUAUCCCGCUGGUUUCAUGGAUGUUGUUUCAAUCCCCAAGACGAAUGAGAAUUUCCGUCUUCUUUAUGACACCAAAGGACGAUUCCGUCUGCAUUCAAUCAGAGAUGAAGAGGCCAAGUUCAAACUCUGCAAGGUCCGGUCUGUGCAGUUUGGCCAGAAGAAUAUCCCUUACAUUAAUACCUUUGAUGGGAGAACAAUCCGUUACCCUGACCCUCUCAUUAAGGCCAAUGAUACCAUCAAGCUGGACUUGGAGACCAACAAGAUUGUUGACUUUAUCAAGUUCGAUGUUGGUAAUGUUGUCAUGGUGACAGGUGGUAGGAACAGAGGGCGAGUUGGAGUUAUCAAGAACAGAGAGAAGCAUAAGGGAAGCUUUGAGACUAUCCAUGUUCAGGAUUCCACUGGGCAUGAAUUUGCGACCCGUUUGGGAAAUGUGUUUACAAUUGGUAAGGGCACCAAGCCUUGGGUAAGCCUUCCUAAGGGUAAGGGUAUUAAGCUUACCAUCAUUGAGGAAGCCAAGAAGAGGCAAGCAGCCCAAGCCACAGCUGCAGCUUAGAUGAUUUUGGUGAGAACAAUUUAAGCUUAUCUGAAACUCUUGUAACUUAUAUUAGCUUGGGAGUUUAUGUGGCAAAUUUUGUCUCUCUUUUUUCUGUCAUUUGCUUUGCUACAGAUGAUUUAAGUUUUAUGUUAUUUUGAAGUACAUUUCUGCUU